CCCUCCAUAUCAUGUGAUUCAGGUGUUCCAAUCCCCUCCAUAUCAUGUGAUUCAGGUGUUCCAAUCCCCUCCAUAUCAUGUGAUUCAGGUGUUCCAAUCCCCUCCAUAUCAUGUGAUUCAGGUGUUCCAAUCCCCUCCAUAUCAUGUGAUUCAGGUGUUCCAAUCCCCUCCAUAUCAUGUGAUUCAGGUGUUCCAAUCCCCUCCAUAUCAUGUGAUUCAGGUGUUCCAAUCCCCUCCAUAUCUUGUGAUUCAGGUGUUCCAAUCCCCUCCAUAUCAUGUGCUUCAGGUGUUCCAAUCCCCUCCAUAUCAUGUGAUUCAGGUGUUCCAAUCCCCUCCCAAUCAUGUGAUUCAAGUGUUCCAAUCCCCUCCAUAUCAUGUGAUUCAGGUGUUCCAAUCCCCUCCGUAUCAUGUGAUUCAGGUGUUCCAAUCCCCUCCCAAUCA